CUGCGCUGCAGCGACUGCAUCGUGUGGAACCGGCAGCAGACGUGGCUGUGCGCGGUGCCGCUGCUCAUCGGCUGCGUCGGCCUGGGGCUCAGCCUCAUGCUGCUCAAAUGGAUCGUGGUGGGCUCCGUCCAGGAGUACGUGCCCACCGACCUGGUGGGCUCCAAGGGCAUGGGCCAGGACCCCUUCUUCCUCUCCAAGCCCAGCUCCUUUCCCAAGGCCAUGGAGACCACCACCACGACCACCGCCACCGCUCCCCCUGCCACCCCCUCGGCUGGGGCCGGGGCCGGCGGCGCCGCCUCCUCCAGGACGCCCAACCGGAUCAGCACGCGCCUCACCACCAUCACGCGGGCGCCCACUCGCUUCCCGGGCCACCGGGUGCCCAUCCGGGCAAGCCCGCGCUCCACCACGGCACGGAGCUCCGCAGCACCCCCGACGGCCCUGCCCACCACCACGGCGCCCAUCGCCGGCAGCAGCACGCCGGGCUCGCGGCCGCCAGCACCUGGAAUCCCCAGCACCCAGGCGAUGCCCUCCUGGCCCACUGCGACGCACGCUACCUCCUCCUACCUCCACGACUCCACUCCCGCCUGGACCCUGUCUCCCUCUCAGGACGCUGCCGCCGCUGCCGCCGCCGCCUCCACCGCUCCGGCACCGAGCACUGGCCCGAAAUUCCAUACGACAACAUAUUCCACCCAGCGAUCUGAGCACUUCAAGCCCUGCCGAGACAAGGACCUGGCCUACUGUCUCAACGAUGGCGAGUGCUUUGUGAUUGAGACCCUGACGGGAUCCCAUAAACACUGUCGGUGCAAAGAAGGCUACCAAGGAGUCCGUUGUGACCAGUUCCUGCCGAAAACUGACUCCAUCUUAUCAGAUCCAACAGACCAUUUGGGGAUUGAAUUCAUGGAGAGUGAAGAAGUUUAUCAAAGACAGGUGCUGUCAAUUUCAUGUAUCAUCUUUGGAAUAGUCAUCGUGGGCAUGUUCUGUGCAGCAUUCUACUUCAAAAGCAAGAAACAAGCUAAACAGAUCCAAGAGCAACUGAGAGAGUCACAAAAUGGUAAAAACUACAGUCUCAAAGCAUCCAGCAUGAUGUCAAAGCCAGAGAGCUUGGUGAAGGGCCAUGUGCAGCUGCAAAACUAUUCAAAGGCAGAAAGGCAUCCCGUGACUGCACUGGAGAAAAUGAUGGAGUCAAGUUUUGGUGGCCCUCAGCCAUUCCCCGAGGCCCCUUCUCCUGACAGAGGAAGCCAAUCUGUCAAACAUCACAGCCCUGGACAGAGAAGUGGUAUGCUCCAUAGGAAUGCCUUCAGGAGGACGCCACCCUCACCCCGAAGCAGACUAGGCGGAAUUGUGGGACCAGCAUAUCAACAACUCGAAGAAUCAAGGAUCCCAGACCAGGAUACGAUACCCUGCCAAGGGAUAGAGGUCAGGAAGACUAUAUCCCACCUGCCUAUACAGCUGUGGUGUGUUGAAAGACCCCUGGACUUAAAGUAUUCAUCCAAUGGUUUAAAAACCCAACAGAAUUCAUCAAUAAAUAUGCAACUGCCUUCAAGAGAAACAAACCCCUAUUUUAAUAACUUGGAUCAAAAGGACCUGGUGGGAUACUCCUCGGCAAGGGCCAGUUCUGUGCCCAUCAUCCCCUCGGUGGGUCUAGAAGAAACCUGCAUGCAGAUGCCAGGGAUUUCUGAGGUCAAAAGCAUCAAAUGGUGCAAAAACUCCUACUCUGCUGACAUUGUCAAUGUUAGUAUUCCUGUCAGCGACUGUUUUAUAGCAGAACAACAGGAAGUUAAAAUAUUGCUAGAAACUGUCCAGGAGCAGAUCCGGAUUCUGACUGAUGCCAGGCGGUCAGAAGACUAUGAGCUGGCCAGCGUAGAAACCGAGGACAGCGCGAGUGAAAACACAGCCUUUCUACCCCUGAGUCCCACGGCCAAAUCAGAACGAGAGGCACAAUUUGUCUUAAGAAAUGAAAUACAAAGAGACUCGGCAUUGACCAAGUGA